AUGGAUCUCUUCACCCCGUUGGCGGUCUUUCCAGUAUUUGCUCAGUAUCGUCUCAGUAGGUCACUUUGUUCAAUAUUGUCGUCCUAUGACCAGAUCAUUUUCUUAGCCAUAUCUCCUUACGAUCCUCGUCAUAAUUCAACAGCGGUGUAUAUAGCUGAAACGAAUGAAAUUUACACGGGAACGGUAUCGGAUUUUGCCGCACCAAAUUUUGUGGCAUCAUUUGCAUAUGGUGAUCAUGUAUAUUUUUGGUAUCGAGAAUGGGCUGCUGAGGCUACCGACAGCGAUCGUCAGGUAAUUAUCGGAAUCAUUUGA